CCACAUCUCUUUUCCCUCCUUUUUGCAAAGCUUUGUUGGGUGUUGGUUGACGCAAGAAAGUGUCGCCCCGGCCGCCCUUUCCCCUCUAUCAUUUCCCUUUCACUUUACACUAUGGUCUUUUCCCUGCUGUCCAAAUCCAAGCCGUAGACCCUAGACCGGCAGCAGCAGUAGCAAGUGCAAGUCUAGCCCCCCAAGAACAUUCCAAGCGUUCCAAACGGAAGCAGGAACUUUCUACAGGCCCCCACCAAUGGUGGUUUCUUGUUUCGUCCAGCGCUUUGCCUGACAUGGAGUGGUUAGCUCACACCUCAAAUCCUGUACACCUCAUCGCCCUCCCCCAGCCGAGAGAACACGCGCUAAAAAAAGGCAGUAGAUGAGCGGCGGCGGCCAGCAAGCGGAUCGACGAUGAGCGAAGAUUUCCAACUAAACCAUGAGCGAAACAACGAGACGUUGCUUUCCAUACAUACAUGUCAUCGGCUGGCUGUGCUUCCUUGUUUAUCCCCAGCAAUAACUUCCUGCUGACAGCUGACACCGCGGGGGAGGGAGUAGGAUUCUGAUGCCAAUUUAUUUGGCCUGGGAGGCGCCCUGAAUUGCCACACCUACCAGCCCGCCCAGCCCAGCCGCCCCAAAUCAUACGGCGACGGGCGACGUCUUCUCCUUCUUGCUCCGGAUCGUAGCUUGACGGAGCGUACCGGGCAGGGCAGCGGCCAUGUCGGCGUCGGUCCGGCACGGCUCGUCGAGGGCCCAGGCAUGGUUCUGCACCACGGGGCUGCCCAGCGACGUCGUCUUCGAGGUGCACGACAUGACCUUCCACCUACACAAGUUUCCGCUCAUGGCCAAGAGUCGCAAGAUCCACCGCAUGCUCACCGAGCAAGAGGAGCAGCGUCCGGCGCGAGGGCGACGGCGAAGGACUAGUGGCGACGGAGGCGAUUCCGGCGAUGACGGUGCUGCGGAAACAGAGAUUGAGGAAGCAGAGGAGGUGGAGGAAGAGGAGCGGGAUGAGCAGCAGCAGGUUAGGAGGGAGGGCGACGGGCCGGUGUACAGCAUUGUCUUCCCGGACUUCCCGGGCGGGCCGGGCACGUUCGAGGCGGCGGCCAAGUUCUGCUACGGCGUCCGCGUCGACCUCACCCCCUGGAACGUGGCGCCGCUGCGGUGCGCGGCCGAGUACCUGGAGAUGACGGAGGACCACGCCGAGGACAACCUCGCCGCGCGCGCGGAGGCCUACCUCGAGCAGACCGUGCUCCGGCACCCCGGCGACGCCACCAAGGCGCUCAAGUCCUGCGAGGAGCUGCCGCCGCUCGCCGAGGAGCUCGGCAUUGCUGACCGCUGCGUCGAGGCCAUCGCCGCGCGUUCGUCGGCCGCGUCGCGGUCCUGGUUCGACGACCUGGCCGUGCUCGGCCUGCGCAUGUACAAGCGGGUCAUGGCGGCCAUGGCCGCGCGCGACGACGUGAGGGCGGAGGCCCGGGAGAGCUGCCUCGUGUCCUACGCCAGGGGCACCAUCCCGGGGCUGUCGAGGUCCAUGCGGCGGCGGCUCGCCUCCGCGCCGGUGUCGUCGGAGGUGGAGCAGAGGGAGCUCCUGGAGGCGGUGGUGGCGAGCCUCCCCGCGGACAGGUGCUCGGGGCGCGUGGUCACCGCCAAGUUCCUGUUCGCGCUGCUGCGGACGUCGCACAUCCUGCGCGCCUCGGGCGCGGCGAGCGCGGCGCUGGAGCGCAAGGCCGCGACCCAGCUGGAGCAGGCCGCGCUGGAGGACAUGCUCAUCCCGAGCUACUCCGGCGCCGCGGAGACGCUCUACGACGUGGACUGCGUCGCGCGGAUCGUCAGGUACUUCCUCGCCGAGGAGGAGGAGCUCGCGUCGUCGUCUUCGGCCGCGAUUGUGGAGGAGGCCGCCGCCGAGGUGUCGCGGCCGUCCGCCGUGGCCAUGGUGCAGGUGGGCAAGCUGGUGGACUGCUACCUCGCCGAGGUCGCGUCCGACGCCAACCUGAAGCCCGCCAAGUUCUGCGAGCUCGCGCUGUCGUUGCCCAACCACGCCCGCAUCUACGACGACGGCGUCUACCACGCCGUCGACAUCUACCUCAAGGCGCACCCACGGCUGAGCGCGGAGGAGCGGGACAGGGUGGUGGGCGUGGUGGACUGCCGGAAGCUGACGGUGGAGGCGUGCACGCACGCGGCGCAGAACGAGCGCCUCCCGCUGCGCGCGGUGCUGCAGGUGCUCUUCUUCGAGCAGCUGCAGCUCCGCCGCGCCAUCACGGGCGCGCUGCUCGCGCCCGCCGGGCCCGCGGCGCGGCAGCAGCGCGCGGGCCCCGGCGAGGGCACGACGGCGCUGGCGCGGGAGAGCCAGGUGCUGCGGCUGGACAUGGACAGCGUGGCGAGCCGCGUGCAGGAGCUGGAGCGCGAGUGCUCCAGCAUGCGGAGGGCCAUCAAGAAGAUCGACGGCCGCGGCGGCGGUCGCAGCCCGGACGGCGGCGAUCGGUCGGAGCCCGCGGCGGGCGGGUGGAGGGCGCGGCACGGGUGCAAGUUCAGCACGCAGGUGUGCGACUCGCAGGCGCGCAACGUGGUGGCGUCCAGGGCCUCCAGGAUGGGGAUGAGCCCGUAGCCCAUACGUUCAGUUGCAGGGGUCGUCUGUAUCCUUCGGCGCUCGAUUCAAGCAUGAAUUUUUUUCAAGGAAUCCCACGCAAUCCUAUAGGGAAUCAGCAGCAACCUGAGACGAGAACGCUGAGAAGUUUCAGAUCGUUAACCGUUGGGGAGAUCCGAGAUCUCAGGACCCCCCACGUUUUCAUCUCUGAUCCAUGGGCCUGGAAGGCACCGUGUGCGCUGUCUGUACCAGGACAGGAGGCGGUUUGUAUAAUGUAGCAAAGCAGGAUUCGUUCAGCUCGUUUCUACUGUACUACUCGAUCGCGUACAUGUGCUAUAGUACCAAACUCCAAACUUUUUCACCAACUAAACACACCCUCAGUUUCUA